AUGACGCAGUUUCAGACGGGAGUCUGGUACGACCACUCCCAUUCUGCAGCGACUCAAGGAGCCAUAACACUCCCGAAGAACAAUGGAAAUAUCUUCCUCUCCUUUCUGACUGUCAUGGUCACGGUCGCUGGGGCUUGUGCAUGGACCAUUGUCUCCCUGCUGAUCCACAGCUACCUUGUUCGCAGUCGUCCCGACACCGAUCUUUUCGAUCUUCAACAACAAGUCACCCUUCGAAACGCGAAGACGCCCCUCGCUACGAUCUAUGAUCUGUUUAAAAUCCAUGGCGCCUGGUCAGGCCGGAAAGUCCCGAGGCUCGGGCUCAGGACAGCUGUUGCUGUUGUCCCUGCUUUGCUUCUCUUUGGCGGGAUGAUGACGGCCUCCAUCUUCACGUCAAAGGUUGUAACAAGCGAGGAUGGAACCGGUAUUGCUCUGGCGCUCAACCAAGGCUGCGGCGUCAUUCCCUAUUCGAAUGUGUCCGCCAGCGACAUGACCAAUAUCAUAAGGGUCAACAAGGUGAUCAACGAGACCAUAGCAGCCAGAAAUUACGCCAUCAAUUUCUAUGGAAACAGAGACAACACAAAAUCAAUCAAGUCCAAGUUCGUUAAAGACUACCUCCCUUACAAAGUUGACGUCAACGCAUCAUGCAUGUAUCCAAGUGCGGCCCGCUGCAAUAAGGGUGUGGCACCUAUCCGACUGGAGUCCGAGAUGCUGGACUCUCACAGCAUGUUUGGGAUAAAUGCAAAGCCUUCCAAUCGCAUUGGAGUUCGCACAGCUACAACUUGUGGCUUGGCCAGUCUGCAAAAUCUAUGGAAAAAGGAGUCGAACAUGUUCACAUUCUACAUGGGUGGGAUCAGGAACGAGUCGAACUAUACCAUUUCACACCCGGCGACCAACGUGCGUGGAUAUACUGGAUAUCAUAUCCAGUCUUUCACCGAAGGGAGUUUCUCAGGCUGGAACCCUAUUUCGGACUUCAAGCGGGCUGAUGCCGACGUCAGUGUCAUCUUCUUGAACCAGAAUGGAAUGAAAUACGCACAGCCAGUCAAAGACCCUUACUUUCUUGCGGACAACAACACAUCUGGAGACUUUUUCACGCCCAGUUGGGCAGUCAACCCGCUGCUCUGCUACGACCAGUACAUGAUUUGCAACCCAGUCAACGACCGAUGUUCAUCUUGGGCAAAACUCGCAAACUUUACGGAAACCGCAAUUCACGACCCGACCCUAGGAUUCAAUGAUGCGCAGCAUGCCACCGCUGCUCGUAUGACUCUUCACAUGCAGUUAACGGCGACAGGAGUCCUCAUGGCUACCUCGAACAAUGCAGCCUUAUACGCUAGCAACCAUAUUAUCGGCAAUGAUUACUCAACAGGUCUACCAGAGAACCAGUGGCACCUUGAAACCACUGCAUGGUUCCAGACGAAACUGGCAAAGAUUCAAGCGAGUGUGGCGGAGUAUGUCCGCGCCCCGGAUGAGGAACUAGGCCUUGAAAUCAUCUCCCCUCGCAGCUCGGCCCUGAGAGACAUGCUUAACGUGACGGAUGCGGUCAUGGCCGAGCUUCAGGCCCAAUGCGAAACCCAGCUGAUCAUGAGCAACGGAGAGGUGUCCACUUUCAGUUUCGCUGGUAUGCUCAUCAUCAUUGUCAUCACUGCUCUUCUUGCAGUAAUCAGUUUCUACAUGCAGGAUAUCCUUGACUGGGUUGGCAAGUUCAUUCCAAAUGGUACACAAGCUCGCCUGGCGGAUGAUAAGUUACAAAUUCUUCGGCUGGCCCUUGCUUCGAACGGCGGACCGAGGCAGUGGGAGGUAGGAUACGCAGAUGUCCCCGUUACAUCUGAUUACCACCACGUCAGGCGACCGGAUAAAGAGCCGAGUCUUUCUGAGUACCCGCUCGACGAACAGCGUCUAAUUGAGUCAACCACAACUCUUCCGGCCCAGUAUAGAUAG